AUGGCAUCGCUGCAAUCAUUUAGUCAUAAAUCGAAUCUCACUUCACACACACGCAUCCACACGGGCGAGAAACCAUUUGAAUGCUCGAUAUGUUCACAAUCAUUUCGCUACAAACAUCAUCUUGCAGCAUUUAGUGAUAAAUCAAAUCUUACAAGACAUACACACAUCCACAGUAAAGAAAAGCCAUUCAAGUGCUCGAUAUGUUCACUAGCAUUUAGUGAUAAAUCAAAUCUUACAAGACACACACGAAUCCACACUAGAGAAAAGCCAUUCAAAUGCUUGACGUGUUCACUAGCAUUUAGUCAUAAAUUAUAUCUUACAAGACACACACGCAUCCACACGGGCGAGAAACCAUUUAAAUUAACUAAAGUCUUGACGAAACAGCACAAGUACCUCAUGCCGAAAGUACGUGGACAAUACGACAUCUAUAGAAACAAGAAGAUGUUUUUGAAAGUUCAUCGUGUCAUAGUACCAAUAUUUCCGAAACACCAGCACCAGCCGCAAGAUUAA